AUGUCGGCGAGUGGCAGUUCUAGCACGAUGGAGCACGCCUGCACGGAUGCCACGACACAGACGGUUCAGGCGCCCUUUGCAGCCUGGAAAGAACGGCAAGAGCGCCACCUGGGAGUGCAGCGUUUAGAUGCGAUAGAGGGGAGAGCACGUGCAGCGAACCCCAACGGCCGCGUUGGCACUCCUUACCAGCUGUUCCAUCCAGGCAACGGUGGAGGGACCCGGUGUCGCGUCGGCCUUCGCAACUCGGAGACGCACUUCGAGAGCAGCUGCAGCCAGCGCUGGCAUCGCCGCGUCACAGCGGCGCUGUGCGUGGCGGGCGUGACGCUCUCCUUCGUCAUCCUCGCCCUGGGGCUGCUCUUCGGCGGAGGUCUGGGCCGAGGGCCGCGUUACCCGUGGAAGAACUCGAGUGCCAACGCGUCCGCCAACGCGUCCGCCAACGCGAGCAGCCCAACCCCAGGCGCCGAGCCGGAACUGCCAUUGCCGAAUGGACUCAACAAACUGGACAUCGCUGCGCAGCCUCCAAAGACGAAGAUGACAAAUAUAUCGCACGAAGCUACUACCCCUUAAUGACUUUUUUCCAGAUUCAUAGGUUUCAUUUGUUUUCUUCGCACACAAAUGAAUGAAAAAUGAAGGUUUCAGCCAAGGGUCAACAACCUUUGGCUGAAACCUAGGCGGGGUCCAGGCCCACCCCACCAAAUCGCAGGGCACUGAAUAAAGUUAUUUGAAUGAAUGAAUGAAAAUCGAAUGCAUG